AUGCAGAGGCCGUCAACUCCAGUGAAACGCGCUGCUCCUGACAACGAAAAUCCGGCUAAUGGCGAGCCACAAAGGAAAAUUCACAAGGCUGUUGUAGGAAUGAGUUCGGAAGAGUAUGACGAACUAAAAGUCUCAUUUCCUAUAUUUUUCGUUCAUAGUUUCGAAGGAACGGCUAAAUGUUCUGGCGGGAUGAGAUGCACACUUCAUGACGCUCGCGUGAAAGCAGCCAUCACAUUGAAAGACAUCGAAACCGAGCAACUAGUUUCAUUGGCAGUUUGCGAAGACUGCGCCGAAAGUUGUGCUGCUCUAGACACAACAAUUGAUUUCAACGGAGAUUUGAAUACGGCGUUUCGCAUAACCUUUCCAUUUGACGCGCCGGUGGACGAUCGCGUAAUUUCAACAAUUUGGUAUUGCCACAAAAAAGCGGCAUUUGCCAGAGAACGCCACAAGAAGAUGGUGCGUUCUCGGAUUUUCAACUGGCCCCUUAUAGAAGCUUCCCACAACGUUGACGCAAGACGUGUUCUCGCUCAGAGGAAUACCGAAUACGAUCCAACCCUUCUCACGAACAACACGUUCACUUUCAUCGGAAUCACACGAUUCAUUAAAAAAACCGAUAUUUGUGGAUGGCACGUCGAGGAUAUAUGUGGUGGCGUCGUCGUUCGUCCUCGAAAUUCAUGGCAGAAACUAAUAUAUUGCUUUUGUCCCGAAUGUAUGGAUCCCGUGAUGAGCGUCCGCUAUGACUGGCCCGAUGAGCUCAUAACCAUGGUUCGACUCGCAUUUGAAUCGAAUGAUUGCUCGGAUCUUGAAAAAUGGUUUCAGAACCAUGUAGGCAUUGGUAGUAGAGGACGAAUCGAAGAAAAUGCAGACAAUAGCGUGUGA